UAUCAACGAAGAGGCACCAUAAAACAAAACAAAAAUGUCCGACAAGAUGUCGCAUUACAAUAGUCUAGCAAACGUGUUUGAAUUUCUCAACAUAGACAGCGAUUCAGAGAUUUCUGACAGUAAAAAUGGCACGAGCGUGCCCCCAGUGGCAAACGCCACUCACGAUCUCACGUGCAGAAAGCCCCAAACGGCAGGUGAUAUGGACAACAGUGACGACACGGAUAUGGAUUCGGACGUGUUUGUCGUUGUGGAUUCAUCAAAUGCCUCGUCAGACGUAAGCUGCUUCAGCGCAUCAAAUUUGAGCAGUUCAUCACGAUCAGUAUUAGAACCAGAACUCUGGGAUUGCCUGUCAGAUACAGACACCAUACCAGAAACCGAAAGCGAUAGCAACACCAACACCAAUGGCAGCAGCAGUAAGUUGUCCCGUAGUCACAACUAUAACAAUCUCUCUCGUAGUCUCAACCAUAACAAUAUCAGCCUAAGCACAAUAUCGAUCGCAUCUGACGGCGCAUGCACCAUGGAUAGUCGUUUAAGUACUCCAAUCAAGCGCAAGCAAGACUGCUACCCAGCCAACAGCAAGUUGUCAAAAUCUUGUAAUGGACGACUGAAUCUGGGACUGGAAGUGAAUGCCACGCCGGUGUUGAACCCUAAUGUGAUCACCACGCGAAGCGGACGAGCUGUGCGCGCACGCAUCGACAACAAGUUUGAUUAUUCGUCGGAGCCGCAGGAUGUUGAUUUAGAUGAUUCCGAUGAUCCUGAUUUUGGUGACAACGAUGUUGAAGACGAUGACGAAGACUACACCCAUGAUAAGAGUGAGCCUUCGCGCAAACAGCGACGAAUUUCCAUGCGCAACAGCUGCAGUAGCAGCGACGCCAGCUCAAUGAUCGAAUCGGAUGCAUUUAUCUAUCUGGACUUAAAGCAGCCGGUGGCAAUUGUCAAGAGUGAGCCCACGGCUGAUGCUGCUAUAGAGUUCGAUAGUGAGCUGAAGACGCGCCUGCAAAAGUUAUUGGGUCUUGUUGCACCGCAGCGCCGCCUUUACAACCCCAUGUCUAAUUUUGAGCUUGAGGAUAAUCAUAUGGAUGAAGAUGAUCCGCCGCCCACGUUGCGCAGUCGUUUAUGGACAGCUAAAAGCAGCGUUCCGCCUUUAAAUGUGCCUAUGCUUACAGAACCCCCGCUGCCAAGCCCGGUAGCAUCUCGUAUCAAAGCGCUUGGAUCCGAAAUAACAAAUGAUAUGAAAAUGCUGCUUAUUGACGACAUGGUGCAGCGCGCCAAUGCAAACUAUUUUGAGAGUCAAACUCCCCAACAUAUCAAGGAACCCAUCGAUCUGAGCGGCUUACCCAGCGAGGAGCAGCGUGCGCUCAAUUGUCAACAGCACAAGAAGAUCCCCAGCAAUAUGGGGCCCCAUACGGGCGUAUAUAGCUUCGUGGAUUCGCUUCGGUCAACAACGCCCUUAAAUAUGUGUCAUCCACUUGCUGUGAAUUUUCGCAAACGGGAGUUUGGAGCAUGCAGGGUGCAGCUGGCCAAGACCCUAUUCAACAUACUCAAUCACACAGUCUUCCAUUGUGGCCUUCGUCCGAGCAUUGUCUGGAGGAACUGCAUGAACACGCCCAGUAGCAUCGAGCAUCGGAUUGAGGCUGGUGGUCAGCGCCUGUCGCGCAUUGUAUUGUGGCAGAACAUAAAACAGCCUGGAAUGAUGGUUAAAGUCCUGCUGCACGAGAUGUGUCACGCGGCUGCCUUUGUUUACCACGGUGAGACAGGACAUGGCGACAACUGUCGCAAAUGGGCUUAUCGCGCCAAAUCAACGAUGCCUGAGCUGCCAGAGAUUGGCGAUUGCAAUGCUAGCUACAAGUACACUUGCCUCCUGUGCCGUGGCCGCUCGUUUGGUCGGAUUAAGUUUGAGGAUGAGGCGCAACAGCUGCGUUGCCACUACUGCCAGUUUGAGGUAAAUGUGGAGGCCUGCAGCGUCGAAAAUGUCCACAAUCUGUCUCUCACCGACCAGCUGGUGACACCCUAUAAAGAGUUCGUGCGCGCAAACUAUGGAAAGUGCGAGCAGAGCGGCCACAGCGCCAAGAUGCAAGCACUCAAUGUGCUAUACAAGGAGCACCAGCAGCAGGCGGCUUCCAAUUGAUGCUGAAACACAAAGCUUUAAAUUUGUUGUUUAAUUUUUUUUCU